ACUGCAUGAAGGUGGACGGGCUGUUGUUGUUCUGAGCUGUUAGUCGAUGACAGGUCAAUGUUGAGCGCGGUUGAAUGGCAGCAUCCGACAGUCGGCGGUCUCACCGGGAUUUCGAGGGAAACCGAUCAAUUCCAAACGGCGAGGAAGUGCGCAAUGUGAGGGAUACCGGAGUACAGACGGAUGUACAAGGUCAUGGACCUCGACUGUCCAAAGCCAACCUCUUCACAUUGUUGAGUCUUUGGAUGGAACUUUUCCCAAAGAAAGAACCACAGCAACAAGAGAAUGAUGCUGCUGGGGACACUGGUCUUGUAGUGGUCCAUGAGCGCAUGGUUCUGGGUCUGCAUUGUUCCAGUGCGCAGUUACAUGCAGGACAGGUGGCUGUGGUCAAACAUGGCCCCAGACUGAAGGGAUGUGAUCUUUACUUCUCCAGAAAACCCUGUUCAACCUGCCUCAAGAUGCUCAUCAAUGCUGGUGUGAGCAGGAUAUCAUACUGGCCUGGUGAUGCUGAGAUCAGUUUGCUGUCAGGUAGACAUGAUCAUACUGACUCCAGUCACCAGGAAGCCAUCUUAGAUGCAACAGCUGCAGAGAGACUGAAGUCUAACAGCAGACCCCACAUCUGUGUGCUCCUGCAGCCUCUGGCCUGCACCAUGCAGCAGUUUGUGGACGAAAGGUCUCAAAACUGUGACUUCCUUGGGAAGAUUGCUGCGGACAAUCCUACUCUCAAUGUUAAGGAUCUCUUUAGAAGGGAAUGGUGGAACAACUUGGAUGAUUUAUUAAAAAAGUUCUUUAUAAAUGACGAGGAACAGCAUAAGUAUGUGCUAAACAAGAUGGGACUGGAGAACUUUUGUGCGGAACCAAAUUUUAGUAACUUAAGGCAGCAUAUGAGGAAUCUCAUUACGAUUCUGGCAUCUGCCGCAGCAAGUGUUCCAGUUCUAGAAGAAAAUUAUGGUUUCUUCAUGAGAGAGCCUUUAGGGAUGGGUUCUCCAGCUUUACCUCAGGAUGUGGUGCGACACUGUAUCAUACAGGCCCGAUUACUGGCAUGUAGAACAGAGGAUCCUAAAGUGGGAGUUGGUGCAGUUAUUUGGGCUGAGGGCAAACAGUCACAAUGUGAUGGCACAGGUCAGCUUUACUUAGUGGGCUGUGGAUACAAUGCCUACCCAGUGGGCUCACAGUACGCAGAGUAUCCUCAGAUGGAUCACAAGCAAGAGGAGAUACAAUACAGGAAGUACAGAUACAUCCUCCAUGCGGAGCAGAACGCACUCACAUUCAGGAGCGCAGAGAUAAAAGAGGAGGAGAACACAGUGAUGUUUGUGACCAAAUGCCCAUGUGAUGAGUGUGUUCCUCUGAUAGGCUGCGCUGGAAUAAAGCAGAUCUACACCACAGACCUGGACAGCAACAAAGCCAAACACGACAUUUCCUACCUCGGGUUCGACAAACUCAACGGCGUCCAGAAAUUCAUUUGGCAACAGAAAUCUUCUGCUAGACAUAUGUCAGAACAAGAUGCUCCGCCCACAGCAAAUGGCUACAUGAAACGAAAAGCAGAGGAAACUCAUUUUCAGUGCAAUAAGAGACUGAGAUCAUAGAAGUCAUUUUGAAAGCUGCUCUCCUGCCAUUAUGACAGCAACAGAUGAUGUUCAAAUGUGACUCUUUCAGUUCCUGGUGAAGAACUUUAUUUAACCUGCCAUACUCAUGCAGCAUGAUUCGAAUCAACAUUACCUUAUCAUUACAAUACAGCAUAAAAGAGGGAAAAUGUUUUAUGCUUUGUUUAUCAGUUUACCAGUACAUCCUAUUAAAAGUUUAAUUAUAUGCAUUUUAGAAAUGGGAUUUGGGUUGAAAGGUUUUAAAAUUGCACACAACAGUUUUUAAAUGUAUAAAAUUGAAGGGAUAAGCAGAACUGUCCAUUACAUGUUCACACAAAAUAUAUUACCAUUUAGAUUAGUUCUAAAUUUACAGUGUACAGUAUAUACGAUGCCCAAUGUUUUUUUUUUCUUUGAAAAAAAAAAACCGCUUCAGUUGGUUGAAUUUCAUAUGGAAACUACACCUGAAUAUGUAGUAGGAAAAAUUUAAAUUAAUUUUGAAAACAUGGUUUGGCAACUUCAAUGUACCUGCUGACAAAUAUAUUUAAUAAAUUUGGCUUCAUGAAAAUAAUUUGAAAAUAGUUGCCUUGGAGUAUAAAUGGAUUUGCUUCACACUGUGAGUGAUGGUGUAAACCACCAAAGCAUAUUUCAUCCUAUAAUCCUAAAGACGAUCGUAAUAAAACAAUCAAUCAACUGUAGAGGGAAAAAAGAAUGAAAUUUAAUGGAUUUUCUUCAACAGCAUAACUCAUAUAGUGAGUUAAAGAGGUUCAUUGCUUAAUCAAGCUAAAUAUGCUCAAUGAGAACAUAUUAAAAACAAACAAAAAAAAUAAAUUAAGCUCCCCCUUCCAAAAUGUCUUCACAAAUAAAAGAGCAAAAGAGUAAAUUAACAACUCGAACAAAAGGCACCUGUUUGUACAUUUGUGUCCUCAUUUCAUCUUGUUUUUCAGCUAUGCAACAAUCUACUUCUGUCAAAA